AUGGGAUGUACUAGUUCUAAUUAAACAACUGAUCAAGUUAUUUAAUAAGUUUCCAAAUCUCAAAUAAGAGAAAACGUAAAACUUAGAAUAGGAGUCAACUUUGAUGUAUAAAAUUCUGAGGCUAGAUUGUAUUCGAUUAAAAAAAAUCCAAUUGUGUAAAGAAGAAUUCUAAAAUCAAUAAAACCAAAAGUUUCGUUAUCAAAAUAACAAACAGAUGAAACAUAUGGAUCAUUUUAUUGAAACUCACUUUUUCCUAAACCCCCAAAAUGAUAUAUAAAUCUAUAUACUUUAAUUAAAGUCUUAAUUGAUUAAAUCACAUAGUCUAAAACAACUUCCAAUACAAUUCAAAAGUGGUC